UACUGUUAUACUUGAAAUACAAUCAACUAAUAUUCACAGAACAAUAAAUAACAUUCAACAAAAACAUUUUCAAUAUUUUCGGUACUAAGAAUGGGGGAUAAGCAUUUCGUUUGUAUUAUUGGCUCUGGAAACUGGGCCACGACAAUAGCGCGCAACGUGGGAAAUAAUGCUGCCCGUCACCAGAUGCUGGAGCCCCUCGUAAAUAUGUAUGUGUACGAGGAAUAUAUUGAUGGGCGAAAAUUGACGGACAUUAUCAACACAACUCACAUAAAUGUCAAGUAUAUGCCCGAUUACGUUUUACCACCGAAUAUAAUUGCUGUGGAUGAUGUGGUGGAGGCUGCUCGCGAUGCCGAUAUUCUCAUCUUUGCCAUACCGCCGACCUUUGUAAGCAGCUGCUGCAGAACUUUACUCGGAAAGGUCAAGCCAACGGCACAUGCUGUCUCACUCAUCAAGGGGUUUGAACGUGGUGACGACGGUCACAUUAUCCUCAUUUCCGGUAUUAUUAUGCGCCAGUUGAAGAUACCCUGCUCCGUACUCGUUGGCUGUAAUUUAGCGCAUGAGAUCUCCAACGAUAACUACUGUGAAGGCACUAUUGGUUGUAGGGAUCAGAAGUUCUUUCGCGUACUGCCCGACAUUUUUAAAUCGGACACCUUUCGUGUAGUAGUCACAGACGAUGCCGACUGUGUCGAGAUUUGCGCUGCACUACGGAACAUAAUUGCCUUUGGUGCCGGCUGUGCGGAUGGUAUGGAAUUGAAUGAAAACACAAAAGCUGGCCUUAUUCGACGGGGCUUCCUGGAGAUCAUACAGUUUGUGGACGUUUUCUACCCUGGCAGUCGCAUGGCCACAUUUUUUGAGGCUUGCGGCCUUUCCGAUCUGGUGACUUCUUGCUAUGCCAAUCGUAAUCGCAAGCUAGCCGAGGCAUUUGUCAAGACAGGACAACCUUUAAGUGAAUUGGAGCAUAUUCUCAUACCUGGCCAUGAGCCACUAGGGCCAGUUACGGCCGAAAUGGUCAACAUUAUGCUGUCAAACAAGGGUCUUGAGGAAAAAUUUCCCUUGUUCACAACUAUAUAUAAAAUUUGCGUUGGCGAUGCACCCCUAACCCGUCUAAUCGAGACCUUGCGCUUUGCUCGCGAGGAUAUCUAUCAUCCGACUCAUAUAUUCCAACUUUAAGUCGAAUGUGUAUACUACUGGUAGUACCAAUUUAAAGAAAUCACAGAAAAACAUAAAUACUAAGCAAUUGUUUUGGAAAACUGGAAGUAUAAUGAAAAUAUAGAAGAAAAAGUAAAAAAAAAAAUCAGAUAUUUUUAGCAAACGAUUUCGCAAUUUCAAUAAAUGAAAGACUAAUAAACUUAA